AGAAAGUGGGUGUUCAACUUCAACAUUGUAGACAAUCGAACAAAUAAACAAUAUUCUUUAUUACAAAGAACCGUAAUGAUCUCUUGAAGCUCUAGGGAUGGAGGGCUUACCUUCAGGAGAUAUACAGGCAAAGUACCAAAAGUUGGCAUCCGAAUAUUCAAAGUUAAGAGUUCACGUGAAGGUAUUAAAAAAAGGGGUUUUAGAUGAGCAAGCUAAGUCGAAUGAACUAAGAGAAGUAUUAAAAUCUAAGGAGAAAGUUAUAAGGCAAGAUGAAUUGGAGAUAGAUUCAUUAACUUUUAGAAAUCAGCAGUUGACGCGGCGCGUGUCCGUCCUUCAGGAUGAGCUCGAUGCUUUGCAGAAUAAGUUAAGUAAGAAAACAAAAAGUAAAAGUGAUGAGAAACAAUCGACCAGCUCUGUGCCUGCACCGCUCGACCCUGGCCUGCUGCAGGAGGAGCUGCAGAAAAAGAUUAUUGAGAAUGCACAGCUUGCAUCACAGCUUUCAGAUAAGACUUUUGAAGUGGCUCAACUUAGAGCCUCCUUAGAAGACUAUCAGAAACACUUUAAUGAAAGUGAAAGUAGAUAUAAAUGUGAGAUAGCUAAAUUGAAGAAUAAAAACCAAGAGAUCCAAUUUACAUUAGAAGAGUUGCAGAAAGAUAGGGGUGGUAACAGGGCUGUAGCAACGGGCAGCCAAGCAAGUUGCAAUGGUGACUUCUUGUCAGAGGCUGGUAGUCUGAUUGGCAGUGAAGAUGCUCUUAGUUCUGUAGAUGAGUUGAACAUCAAUGAACAACUCAGUACAAAAGCACUCACAUUGGAUCAGGAGAAUCAGAAACUUCGGAUGGAGUUUGAGAUACUGCAGAUGGAGAAUGAAAGCCUUAAAUUAGAAAUAGCAAAGCAUGUGUCCGCCGCUCAGAAGAGGAAAGGAGAGAGUCAUGAUUCGGGAGACUUCAAUACAUUUAAUGAGACCUCUGUGGAUGCCGAGGGAAAGAUGACGGGGCUGCUUGGUAGUUUAGAGGUCCCAUUCCUUCUGAAUCAUGAGGUUCAGGUGCGCGAAGACCGCGUGAAGCAGUACUUCCGCAGCAAGCUGACCGCAGCGCACGCAGACCGCGACCUCCUUAACAGCAAGACUGAACAUUAUAUUAAUGAGUGUGAGAUGUUGCGACUGCGUUUCGAAGAGAUGGAACGCGAGAGAGAAACUGACGCGCAUACGAUUGAAGAGAAACACAACACUAUAAGCAGAUUGGAGGAGGAGCUGCAUUCGACGUCUCACAACUACGAGCAGCAGAUGUCAGUACUGACGGAACACGUGGCAGGACUUAACGAGCAGCUCGCGCGUCAACAUGACCAGCUCGAGCUGCUCAGACACCAGCUCGCAGCACGGAGGAAGUGACGUCACAUCCCCACCACUACCAACACACGGUAAUACCACAAUUAUAAACUAAAGAGCAAUAUUUUAUUGAAAACACCAAUUUAAAAUGCGAUCACCAACUAAAAUGUUGAUAGUUGCAUGUAAAAGGAUGUACUUUAACUUUUUCAAGUAUAUGUAAGUAUGAAAAAAAGAAACGAGUCGUUUAAAAAA